GCCGCUUCCUCCUCUUCCCCCGGCGAGCUCGUCGCAUGGGCAAGCAAGGGAAGCUCCGAGCGAAAGAGAGGCGCGAGCAGAGGCGUCUCGAGAUCGCGCAUCUUCGCGAGCUGCCCUAUUCUCCGGCCGACAGGUGGUGGUCGUCGGAGACGGUGGCCGUGGUGACCGGUGCUAGCCGGGGGAUCGGGUACGAGAUAUCGCGGCAGCUCGCCGUGCAGGGCUUGUGCGUCGUCCUCGCCGCGAGGGACCUCGAUCGAGGCUGUGCAGCGGCGUACGGUCUCCGGGCGGAAGGCCUGAAUGUGCAGUUUCGGAAGCUUGAUGUUACGCAUGCCGAUUCGGUGCAAGAAUUUGCCAAGUGGAUCGGUGACGAGUAUGGCGGACUCGACAUCCUGGUAAAUAAUGCAGGCGCCAACUUCAAUACAGGCGCUAACAAUUCUGUUGAAUUUGCUGAAGAGGUUAUUGCAACAAAUUAUUUGGGAACUAAACUAAUGAUUGAAACCAUGAUUCCAAUGAUGCGCCCUUCACCUAAUGGUGCUCGAAUAUUGAAUACUAGCUCAAGGCUUGGCAGAGCAAAUGGCAGGCGAAAUAGAGUGGGCGAUGUGGCUCUGCGAGAGAAACUAAUGAACGAUGACUGCCUUUCUGAGGAGCUUAUUGAUGGUAUGGUGGCUAAUUUCCUACGCCAAGUGAAGGAGGGAACUUGGGCAUCAAAUGGCUGGCCUCAAGUGUUCACAGAUUACUCCAUAUCGAAACUGGCAGUCAGUGUCUUCACUCGACUCAUUUCUAGGAAGCUUGCCAACCGACCAGGUGAUCAUAAGAUCUACAUAAACUGCUAUUGUCCAGGGUGGGUGAAGACUGCCAUGACAGGUUGGGAAGGAAAUUCUACUGCAGAGGAAGGUGCUGAUACUGCUGUGUGGGUAGUUUUGUUGCCAAGCCAGCUAGUUACCUCUGGGAAGUUUUUCGCCGAGAGGCAUGAGAUCAGCUUCUGAAUGCAUUCGAGUUUUAUCCGACAAGCCAAUUCGCUAACUGGGCUAUCGAGUAUCAAUGGAAACUCAUCUUUCCGCUCUAUUUAUGAUACCAGAGAUAUCAUAUUCACUGAGGUGCUUACAGCAGAAAUUUCAGUACAAAUUGGCUUCAUGGAGAUAUGAUACUCAUGCCUCAUGGUGCACAUACUCAUGAAGUUGUACUACUGUUAAGAGAUUCUGGGUCUUAUUUAGAAUUCAUUUGUUCCAGGUUUAGUAUUUAAAGGUCAUGCCCAUGAAAAUAAUCUUGAGAAAGAGAGAAGAUGAGCAAUUUUAAGCUAGAGAUCUGCUUUUGAUGAUUAAAAAAAAAUGGUAAUUUACUGAAC